GAUGGCGGUGGUCCGGCUGGCCCUGGCAGGGCUGGUCCGGCGCCCAGCCAGGUGCCUGGUGCGCUCUGCCAGCAGUACCGAGCGCGCCACAGACACUUUUCGAUAUGCCUCCAGAGAAGAAGAGCGAGUCGUCAGAACCACGUUGCACGAACUUGGAACCCAACGGGAAGACAUGAAGCUGUCCAUGAAGGUCUAUCACUUUCAAGAGCUCUCACGGACCUCCAUCCGUGACCCCAUCUUGGAGCGAGAUGGUCGCUACAUCCAGUUGAAGCAGGAUUUGAAAGAGGAGGUCAAAAAACUUUCGCCGGCACAGUUGGUGGCAGCAAUGGUGUCUUGUGGUCGCUUGAGCGUUCGAGAGAAGGAGAUGUGGUGGGACUUGGCGCGGGCAGUGGAGCGACAUACGGUGAAGACGAAGAGUGGAGCACCGGGUUUAGCGCACUCCCAGAUUUGCCUUACCAUGCACGCGCUUGGAAAGGCGAAUGUGAAGAUCAAAGAUCGCUUUUACUACCGGAUGCUCAAGCUGAUGAUGAAGAACGCCGAGAUUUGGACGGAGUUUGAUAUGGCCUGGAUUCUCUAUGGCAUGCGCAAGCGGCGUUUGAAGCCACGCAACCCUGAGCAGAAAGAGCACAAGUUGUGGGCCAGAGUUUUGAGGGCUGUGGCUGCCUACUUCCGACAGAAGAUGCACUUCAUUUCGCCCAAGGGCAUUGUUUACAUCCUCUACGAGUUUGGCAAACAUGGCAUUUUUCCAGGAGAAGAACUCUUCCGUGCCACUCGACGUAUCCGACGUCAUCUCAGCUCCUUGAGCAAUCGCACUUUGGUUCUGCUGGCCGUUCUCUUGGCUCGUUUUGAUUGGCCAGAGCAACGUCUAUUGAAGAAGUACAGCGCGGAGAUUCGUGAAUCAUAUCGAAUGGCACGGAUGCACCCGCACAAUUUGGUGGUGAUACUUCAUGCCUAUGGCAGGCUCAGCGUCCGUGACGUGGAGUUGCUCAAGAGCAUCAAUGGCCAAUUGAUGAAAGCGGUCGAGCAGCUGGAAGGGAAGUAUUUGACGAUGGUGUGCCACUCCUUCGGGCGCCUUGGUGUGCGUGGACCGUUGUGGCAACAGCUGGGCCAACGAAUCAACGAGCGCGUGGACUGGUUGGCUCCUGUGGACAUGGCGUUGAUUGCUCAUGGCUUUGGGAAGGUAGCCAUUCGCGACAAGGAAGUCCUGGCAGGGCCGUUUUCGGAUGCCGCGCUGGUGUCUAUCAGUGGAUUCACUCCACAGCAGCUGUCGUGUUUGUUGGACGGCUUGACUUUGGCAGGAUGUUUGCGUGAAGAUAUGUUCUUUGCUGCCAUGGAAGAAUACAUUCGCCAGGGAUCCAUAGGUGGACGUCAGCGACAGCACAUGAUGUCACGGAUUCUUUUCACUGUCAUGCUGGAACGCAAACACUUGCUGGAAGGGGUUUCACCUUCUUGGCAACCACUGCUGAGUCGAGUACAUCAUGCACCCAUCGAUGCGCCACCGCGGCCGUAUCAUCGAGAAUUGGCCACGUGUGCUGCAGCUCUUUCCCUGAAAGCGCGCCCAAGACGUCGCAAAGGUCCGUACAUCAUCGACCUGUAUGUUCCAGUGGAUGCACAUGUGCCUGCCAGACCUUUUCCUGCAAACCAGUUCACCGUUUCGGGUCUGGCCAUUCAUCUCAUGGCGGAAGCAGAGUUCUGCCCCAUCACCGGCGAACUCUUGGGCCCAACGCGGCUACGACGACGUCACCUCCUCCAGAUGGAGUCACAGCAUCUUGGCCUUCGAAGAAAAGAUUGGCUGGCGCUUCCAGAUACAGAGGCGCGUGUCACAGAAUUGGAAGCCUUGCUGGUGCAGCACGUGCCUCUUCGUCGUCGGCCUGUAGCCAUCCUGGAGGUUGAAGGAAGUACCACAAGCACUCCUCAAAUUGAGUCUGGAGGAACGAGUCUUGAGGCAAAUGAGAGCAAAAAUUCUGAUCGCGAGAGCCGUGACACGAUGAUACCUGUGACAGCUGUGACUGCUCGAUGCGGCUCAAACCACGACGGCCGUCCGUUUGGCCCAGAUCCCACAGUGCGUGGUGCGCCUUGGGGCCCCGCGGUGCCUGGCGCCAUGAGCCUCGCAGCCAAGUUGCACGGCGAGGCGCGAAGCGCAAAGGAACCCAGGCAGAUGGAACGCAUGCAAGUCGAGCAGUUUAUCCGGGAACGAGAAAUGUUACGUUGGUAUUUCCAAAAGCAACAGCUUGGCAAUCGCCCACUUGGGGACAUGCCCUUUGCCUUGGUCCAUUCUCCAGCCAAGCUGAGGUUUGACCUCAGCGAUGUUCCCCCCUUGGUGUCGUCAGAGAUCUUCCCCGAUGACUACCGACAAGAGAUGACCUGGGGAACAUACAGGCCGGGCGUUUACUUCGGAGUAAAGGGCCGCCACCCAGGGUCGUUGCUCUUCGGUCUCGCCUGGGCUUCUGUGGACGGCAAAAUCCUGCGCCAUGAGUGCGAAUCUGGGGAGCUCCAAGCCUUCAGUUGGAAAGAACACGAUGGUCGAAACUAUGGAUAUCAAAGCAUUGAAGAUCAGAAGUUGGGCCAUGAGCUGCUUACAACCUUCGUGAAGGAAGACGCCCGCAAAUGGCACGCGCGCAUUGAGGUGAGGCCCUUGGGUGUCAAGUCAAAGCCCAUCUCUUUGAUGCCCUAUUUGGGCAUUGAGGCCGACAGCACCUUGCGAGUGGAAGGCCAAGGCCAAGAAGGCCAAGGCCCUGGCGCAUGGUUGGGCUCCGCUGGUGACUGGCGGAGAUCGUUGAAGAUCUUCGGGGAAGAUCCCAUUGUAGGUCCCUUCAGCGCAUUGCUGUCCUUCAGGUCGAGUGCAGUGUCAAAGCCACACUUUCAUCACGUCUCGGCCCUUGUUCAACAUGAAGCCGAUGCACCAAGCACAGGUGUUUGGGACGCAAAACGCCAUGUGAAAGCAUUCCUCCGACGACCCCCUGCAACUGAUGGAAAGAAAGCCAAGCAUGUGGUGCUGCCAGACAGCGAUGCAGCAGGGUCCAACUUCAUGGCCGCUCAGCUGCUCGGAAAUGCGUCGCUGCAAGUGGAUUUGCACGUGAGCUUCGGAAGACCAAUCGCUGACGUCGAUGCUGAGAGCAAAAUGUUGGAGGAUGCCGUGGCACGUCGGUCGCAGGAGUUCAAAAGGCAGCUAUCAGAUGCUUUUGAACUGUCAAAGCUUACAGCUUUGACAGAUGGUAACCUGAGCAUCCAGGCGCAGAAAGACGCCCUGGCAAUGGCAGUCUCUUCCCUUCUCGGGGGAUUGGGCAGUUUCCGAGGGAAACUUUUGGUGAAGGAUUCGAAUGGUGAGCUGUCAAGACUUCCUGAGAAGGUGCUCUUCAGUGCUGUACCGUCAAGAAGUUUCUUCCCCAGAGGCUUUCUCUGGGAUGAAGGCUUUCACGGUUUGCUGCUCUGUAGGUGGCAGCCUCGUAUUUUCCUGGAUGUCUUGGCACAUUGGCUGGAAUUGCAACAGUCUUCUGGGUGGAUUCCGCGAGAAGUUCCCUUGGGAGCGGAACAGGAAGUUCGAGUUCCAUCGCAAUUUCUGCCACAGGAGCCCGGAAUUGCGAACCCUCCGAGUCUUCUGCUGCCACUGGCGUAUCUCCUCCGCGCAUCCACUGACCCAAAGCUGGCAGAAGCGCGGGCGCUGGGGGAAAGAGCAGGUCUCUCUGCAGAUGAAUUCAGGAAGAUGAUGAAGUCAUUUGGAGCAGCUGCACUCCCAAGACUGGUGGCAUGGUAUGGAUUUCUGGACCGAAGUCAAAAAUCUUCGAAUCCAAAAAAGUGCUACAGAUGGUUUGGUCGAACUGCUGCCCACUGUUUAGCCAGUGGUUUGGAUGACUAUCCGCGAGGGCUCUAUGUGAAUGAUGAUGAGUGCCAUUUGGAUUUGCACUCCUGGAUGCUGCUUUUCGCAAGGACCUUGGCUACCCUGUGCAACCAGUUGAACUUUGAUGGCGACGUGUCUGUGUCCUACACUGUGUCUACGUACUGCACGAAACCGGAUUGGUCAAAUCGGGCCAAAAAGCUGAACGAGACGCUUUUCAAUGUGUUUGCCAGCGACAAGGUUCUUGCUGACUACAUAGGUCGUCAGCCCGUGUCUAGCAAGGGCCAUGUGCAAGUGCUUCCACCCUGGCGUUCAGAUGGACGUUGUGGACCUCAAUUCCCUGUGGGCAAAGCACCAGGGGAAUGCGAUCCAUAUGGAGGUGCCCCAUGUUGCUCCCCUUCUGGCUGGUGCGGUGGAUCCCCUGACUUCUGCGACUGCCCUGGCUGCCGGCGCUUCUUAAAGCUGGAGGAGCGCAAGAAUGCUGGAAGCACCGCCUUGGUUCAUUCGCCGCACUUGGGAUAUGUCUCAUUAUUCCCCUUGGUCUUGGGGCACCUGCCGUGUGAUCAUCCUUAUGCGGAGCGGCUCCUACGCGCUUUGCAGCCCGGGCCGAAAAGCAAGGCUGGGGAACUGUGGAGUGCCUACGGUGUUCUCUCGCUAUCCUCAAAAGAUAAGCUAUACAGAAGUGGGGAAGACUACUGGCGAGGAAAGAUCUGGGGAAAUUUGAACUACCUCACGAUCUCUGCGCUUCAACGAUGUGCCUCCCAGAGUGGAAAAUUCAAGGAUCUCGCUGACACGGCCUUCAAAUCCCUAAAGUCCGGCUUUGUGAAAGCAGUGCUUGGAACCUUAGAACGACAGCGAUUCUUCAUGGAAAACUUUGAUCCAAACACAGGAGAGGGUCACGGAGCAGCACCGUUCACAGGAUGGACGACUCUAGUGGCUUUGAUCAUGGCUGACAUGCCGUUGGAAUUGGAUUUUGUUUUGGCAUCCGAGUCGCGGACUGAUUUAUGA